CACGCGAGUCUGUCUGACGCCGCCUUUCCUCCCGCAUCACAGCAUUUUCAGCUCGGGCAGAGCUCUAUCAGAUUGCUGUCAUUGCAGGAUUCAGUAAAUGUCGUGGUUGAAACGUCAAGAGUUUUGAACAUUGUGCAUUGAAAGUCAAGUGCAGCAUAGCACAACUGCGAGACUGUUUCUGUACUGAAGUAACGCUACCGCUGACUCGCGGGGAUAUGGCCAGGUCAGAGCAGAUUCUGCUUCUGGAGCCUCAACACGAGUUGAAAUUCCGAGGUCCAUUUACAGAUGUGGUGACUACGACUCUAAAGCUUGCUAACCCGACAGAUAGAAAUGUGUGCUUUAAAGUGAAAACAACUGCACCACGUCGCUACUGUGUGCGUCCAAACAGUGGAGUGAUUGAAGCUGGAACCUCAGUUAAUGUCUCUGUUAUGCUGCAGCCGUUUGACUAUGACCCCAACGAGAAGAGCAAACACAAAUUUAUGGUGCAGUCUUUAAUGGCCCCACCUGAUAUGACUGACAUGGAGGGCCUGUGGAAGGAGGCCAAACCAGAGGAACUGAUGGACUCUAAGCUGCGAUGCGUCUUUGAAAUGCCAAAUGAGAAUGAGAAAACGCAUGACAUGGACACCAGUAAGAUGAUUUCCUCUAGUUUUUUAAAAUCGGAUUCAUCCACAUUGUCCAUGAAGUUGGGGUCCAGUCUGGAUGAUGGAGAGGUGAAGAGGAUUAUGGAAGAGUGCAGAAGACUUCAGGUGGAGGUGCAGCGACUAAGAGAAGAAAACAAACAGAUUAGGCAGGAAGAUGAUUGUCUGCGUAUGAGGAAGAACACAGUUAUGGCAACUCAGCAUUCCGUACCUUCAUCUGUCAAAUUGAAGGAGGAGGGCUUGAGCAUCAGGGUCAUUGCUGCAAUUGUGUUGUUCUUUGUCAUUGGUGUCACUGUAGGGAAGUUACUUCUGUAAAGAUAAGGAAGAGAUUAGCCACAGCAUGCAUUGUGAAUGAAACAAACUUAAACAAAAUGUAUUGGAUACUGAAUAUCCAGCUGCAAUGCCAUAUCAUUUGAGUAGUGCUGGGUCACUGAAUUAUGUAACAUGAAAAGAAAAAAAUAUUCCACCUUAUGUGUGAAGAAACAAUUCCCGGAAUACAUUAACCAAGUCCCUGUAGAGACAAAAUGACAUAAUUCAGGGUAUUCACAGAACUAUUUUAGAAACAGUAGUGCUAAAAAAUUCAUACCAAGCUGUUAUUACUGCUAUACGGUCAUCUGAACUGCAGAGUUAAAUUGAGGUCAGUUAAAAGAUAUACCUGUUUUGUUUAGACAGUGCAGAAAUUGCAAGCUUAUUAUAUUUACUUACAUUUACACUAAAAGCUCUACGAAGUAUUGCAUAUCAUAUCUAUUGUACACACACACACACACACACACACACACACACAC